AUGCGUCUACUAUCACCAGUCUUCACUGGCGACUUGGUGCGCCGCAAUCUUGACGGCUCUCUCAUUUACAUUGGCCGCUGCGAUGCACAGGUCAAGAUCCGUGGCCAGCGCGUUGAGCUUGCCGAUAUCGAGUACCACGUCCGUCGCGCCCUCAAUGCAGAGGCCGUGGUAGCUGAUGUGCUGGGUGGCAGCCUGGUUGCCUUUAUCCAAGCGCGCAAUCUCGACCUCGACAUGGACGAGGUCCAUGUCGACAGACUCCUAGCCCAUGUCCUGUCUACUUACAUGAUGCCGUCUACAUACAUGGCCGUCGACCACAUUCCGUUGAAGGGGAAUGGCAAAACUGACCAGCGGAAGCUGCGGGCCAUUGGUGCUAAACAGCUCGCCGUGCGCAAACAAAAGCAGAGGCAAAAGCAGAAGCAGAAGCGCCAGCCCAUCACGACCAAAGAGAGUCUGCUCCAGAACCUAUAG